AUGAUCAAAAUUUCGGAUGAGUUGAAAGCAGAGGUCAACCACGCGAUCACCUAUCGGACGGACUCAUCGAUCUAUGUGCUGUAUCAUAACUACCUGCCACUUAACCGAAGUCAUGGGCCAGAUACAAAAUAUCCGCUUCCUUCGUAUAACUACGCCAGCGGGAAGACCAAAAUGGCAGCAUGGUUUGUCACCAAAUGUAAUUCUAGAAGUCCACGAAAUGCAUAUGCAAAGGAAUUAUCACGAUAUAUCGAGGUUGACAUUUACGGAAAGUGUGGCACAAAAUACCUUCCAAGAAGUUCGGCAGCUGAUUGCUUCAAACUACUCGAGAAAGACUAUAAAUUCUACCUGAGCUUUGAGAACAGCUUAUGUCCAGACUACAUAACAGAGAAAGUUUUCAGAAACGCUUACUUCCACAAUGUGAUUCCUAUUGUAAUGGGGGCCUCGAUCGAAGAGUAUAAACGUGUCUCUCCUCCUCAUUCGUUCAUCCACAUUGAUCUCUAUGCUACUGAUACUCGUUUGAAUUAUUUCUCUCUUAUGAUAAAUUCAAAACAGGCUGCAAAUAUGAAGACUCAAGAAGCUUACGAUUUCACAACAUAA